GAUCGUGAGCUCGUCUCUUUCAGCUGAUGGAGAACGCAGCCUACACGUUCGAGCAGCUGCUGCACAAGGCCGUGCAGGACAACCCCGACAACGCCGGCUCCGCCCUGGAAAAGGCCAAACACAGAGUGCUGAAGCAAUACGACUACGACAGCAGCUCAGUGAGGAAGAGGAUCUUCCAGGAGGCGCUCGUCUCCAUCACGCUGCCCUUCAUCAAGAAGAACCUGGCCCCCACCUGCAAGACUGAGCUUCAGGGUCUGGAACAGUUCAUCGACGCCGACCACUCCAACUUCAUCCAUGUCGAGAACGUUUAUGAGAGCAUCCUCCUCCAAAUGCUGGACAAGGAGGUCACCAAAGUGGUGAAGGAGGCGGCCAGCCUGAAGAAAUACAACCUGUUCACAGAGAGCAGGGACCUGGUCAGCUGCUCCAGCCUCUCCUCCCCGUCCGUCUCCACGCCGGGCAGCCCCGCCAUGUCGCUGGCCUCCCCUGCUAAAACCAACUACGAGCCCCAGCCGCCCUCUCCUCUGGCCAAUGGUCUGUCUUCCAUCCCCCGGAAGGACGAGAGGAAGGAGGUAGAGAAAGACGCGCCGCAGAGUGCAGGCUUAACGGACGUGACGGUGAUCGAGACGCCUCUGGGCGAAGUGGAACAAAUAGAAGUGGCUCAGAGUGUCGCCGUCAGCGAGGAGAGUGAGACACCUGCACCCAGAGCAGAGGAGGUCGUCCAGACUGUGAAGGCAGAAGCAGACGUCCCCGUCCAACCUGAGACGACAGUUUUAAAAGACACAACCGCUCAGAAUGAGACACAAGACGUCAGUGUGGCAGCAGCUCCAGAGACUGUGAUCCAAGAGGACGUGAUUUCUGUCCAGACAGAGAAAGUGGAGACGAGCACAGAUGUUGGAGAAGAAGCAGGAGCAGCUGCAGAAAGUUUAGAGACAGAUGUUGAAGAAGAAGCUGCACAAACAGAAGCUGCACAAUCAGAAGCUGCUUCAGGGGGAGGUGGUUCUCCGCUCGCAGCCGUCAGGGAGGGAGACGCACAGAGCCAGAGCUCAGGAGUCUCGUUAGAGGCUCCCCCUGGUGGUGAGGCAGCUGCAGACAUACCUGGAGAGUUCAGCCUGGGCGUGAUGGGAGACGAAGCAGAACCAAUCACUGUCUCAGGCCUCAACUCUCUGGAUGUGUCAGUCGGCAGCGAGUCACCGCCCUCAGACUUGGGGUCCGAGGGCAGUGAAGACGUCAAAGCCGCGCAGAGCAGCGGGGACGAAGUCUCCACAACCUCCGAUGUCCUGGAGGACGACCUCAGUAGAUCACCUGUGAGCUCAGACGACGCCCCUGAGGCCAAGAGCACCGAGCCUCCUCAGACCCAGACGGAGGCAGUGAGCCGUGAUGUCAGUGUGAGCGAGGACGUCGGAGCAGGAGCGAGCGCAGAGGCUGAAGCAACAGAUGCUCCAACCUCUGAACCUGUCCCAGAGGAGGCUCCUGUCCCGGAGAAGGCUCCUGUCCCAGAGGAGGCCCCUGUCCAGGAGAAGGUUCCUGUCCCAGAGGAGGCCCCUGUCCCGGAGAAGGCUCCUGUCCCAGAGGAGGCCCCU